GUCAUACACCUAACCGCUUCUAUUAAAAUUGCGUUCUCCACGCUUUCCUGUACUUGCGCUGCCGAGAAGUGCGGCUAUUAUUUUUCUUUCAUGACAAUUACACUGGCAGCACUCUGUCUGUGUGAGACCACGUUCUCCGCAAUAAUUGUACCCACUUCUUUAUGCCUACUUAUAAUCCACUUCUGCUAAAAAAAAGAAAGAAAGCUACACAAAGUGUUCAGAUAUGUUGAUUAAAAUUGUUACUCAAGUACGUCAAGUUACGUUGGACGUUUACGGUAGAGCAAUCACAAGUUCGUAAUGGUCUCACACAACCAACGACAUUGUCUUUUCAUCUCCGCCCAUAGGACUCUGCUCACUGGGCGCUGCAGGAAUUGCCAAGGCGGCAUUUGGGCCACACGCGGUUUUUUCUGUCACUGGCGCUGGGAGGACGUGUCUACGAUGCGCCUGGGAAGAGAGCAUUUAUGGCAAAAAGUGGCAACGACACAGGCCCGCCGCUCUGGAUCGACUUGUCCAAGGUUUGCGCGAACACUUCGUGGGUUAAAGGCUUCCAUGACACAACUCCCAUUGGCGCCUAUUACCAAAGUGUAAAUACCAGUAAGAUGGUGACUUACGACAACGAUAGGUCGUUUCGCACGAAGCUUUGUCGGGGAAAGAAGUCGCUUCUGAAGGCGAAAUACGGUCUGGUUGCCUACAACGUCCACCUCGACGAUGUGAAGAGGAAGUGCCGUACGACAAGCUAUAGCCGCCUCAAGUUUUUAAGAAAGCUGGGGCGCUUCCUGAACGAGAGGUUCCUCGCAGAUUACGACUACGACGAAUGCGCGAGACUCUGGGGAGGAGUCGAACGCAAAUGAGCACAGAAUUCGCACGGCAGAGCACUGCUCUGUGUCUGCAGGUGGUGGCGACGACGUGCCACGCAUUGUUCUGUGAUCGCGUGUCAAAGAAAUGGAACUUUAAUUAUUACACGCGUUUUACCUCUGUUUACUUAUUUGCCACGUCGUUGUACCUCUAGUGCGUUUACAGCAUCGUGCAGUUUCAUAUCUGUGAUACCCUAGAAAUUAUAUGAGCGUUACAAUGUUUCUCGAGGGAAAUGUAUUCUGUCGCAUGCGCGACGUUUGUAUAUUUUUCCUCAUGUGAGGCUGGAGCAAAAAUAAAUAAGAUAAGCGAACGUAGAUAAUGCAGCAGCGUGGGAUGUGUAAAACUAACUGGCUAUGUCUACCUAUAUGAUGUAGCGCGAAGACGCAAUUACAAAGACGAGACACAGAACACGUCACAGGCGCUACUAACAAUUACUAACAAAG